CUAGAAUCCAAUUUUGGGUCCAAAAAUGCCAUUUUUGGGUCAUUUCCUCCCAUUUCUUGAGUCCAGAAUCCCAUUUUGGGGUCAAAGUCUCCAUUUUGGGGUCAGAAAUGCCAAUUUUGGUUCCAAAAAUCUCAUUUUUGGGGUCAUUUUGUCCCUUUUUUUGAGUCCAGAAUCCCAUUUUGGGUCCAAAAAUGCGAAUUUUGGGGCAAAAAUGGCCAUUUUUGGGGGCUGGAAUCCCAUUUUGGGUCCAAAAAUGCCAAUUUUGGGUCAUUUGCCCCCAUUUCUUGAGUCCAGAAUCCCAUUUUGGGGUCAAACUCUCCAUUUUGGGGUCAGAAAUGCCAAUUUUGGGUCCAAAAAUCCCAUUUUUGGGGUCAUUUUGUCCCUUUUUUGAGUCCAGAAUCCCAUUUUGGGGUCAGAAAUGCCAAUUUUGGGGCAAAAAAUGGCCAUUUUUGGGGCCUAGAAUCCCAUUUUGGGUCCAAAAAUGCCAAUUUUGGGUCAUUUGCCCCCAUUUCUUGAGUCCAGAAUCCCAUUUUGGGGUCAAACUCUCCAUUUUGGGGUCAGAAAUGCCAAUUUUGGGUCCAAAAAUCCCAUUUUUGGGGUCAUUUUGUCCCUUUUUUGAGUCCAGAAUCCCAUUUUGGGGUCAGAAAUGCCAAUUUUGGGGCAAAAAAUGGCCAUUUUUGGGGCCUAGAAUCCCAUUUUGGGUCCAAAAAUGCCAAUUUUGGGUCAUUUGCCCCCAUUUCUUGAGUCCAGAAUCCCAUUUUGGGGUCAGAAAUGCCAAUUUUGGGGCAAAAAUGGCCAUUUUUGGGGUCAAAGUCUCCAUUUUGGGGUCAGAAAUGCCAAUUUUGGGUCCAAAAAUCUCAUUUUUGGGGUCAUUUUGUCCCUUUUUUGAGUCCAGAAUCCCAUUUUGGGUCCAAAAAUGCCAAUUUUGGGGCAAAAAAUGGCCAUUUUUGGGGUCAAAGUCACCAUUUUGGGGUCAGAAAUGCCAAUUUUGGGGCCAAAAUGGCCAUUUUUGGGGUCAAAGUCUCCAUUUUGGGGUCAGAAAUGCCAAUUAUGGGUCCAAAAAUCUCAUUUUUGGGGUCAUUUCAUCCCUUUUUUGAGUCCAGAAUCCCAUUUUGGGGUCAGAAAUGCCAAUUUUGGGUCAAAAAUGGCCAUUUUUGGGAGCUGGAAUCCCAUUUUGGGUCCAAAAAUGCCAAUUUUGGGUCAUUUGCCCCCAUUUCUUGAGUCCAGAAUCCCAUUUUGGGGUCAAAGUCUCCAUUUUAGGUUCAGAAAUACCAUUUUUGGGUCUAAAAUGGCCAUUUUGGGGGCUUAGAAUCCCAUUUUGGGUCCAAAAAUGCCAAUUUUGGGUCAUUUCCUCCCAUUUCUUGAGUCCAGAAUCCCAUUUUGGGGUCAAAGUCUCCAUUUUGGGGUCAGAAAUGCCAAUUUUGGGUCCAAAAAUCUCAUUUUUGGGGUCAUUUUGUCCCUUUUUUGAGUCCAGAAUCCCAUUUUGGGGUCAGAAAUGCCAAUUUUGGGGCAAAAAAUGGCCAUUUUUGGGGCCUAGAAUCCCAUUUUGGGUCCAAAAAUGCCAAUUUUGGGUCAUUUCCUCCCAUUUCUUGAGUCCAGAAUCCCAUUUUGGGGUCAAAGUCUCCAUUUUGGGGUCAGAAAUGCCAUUUUUGGGUCCAAAAAUCUCAUUUUUGGGGUCAUUUUGUCCCUUUUUGGAGUCCAGAAUCCCAUUUUGGGGUCAGAAAUGCCAAUUUUGGGGCAAAAAUGCCCAUUUUUGGGGCCUAGAAUCCCAUUUUGGGUCCAAAAAUGCCAAUUUUGGGUCAUUUGCCCCCAUUUCUUGAGUCCAGAAUCCCAUUUUGGGGUCAAAGUCUCCAUUUUGGGGUCAGAAAUGCCAAUUUUGGGUCCAAAAAUCUCAUUUUUGGGGUCAUUUUGUCCCUUUUUGGAGUCCAGAAUCCCAUUUUGGUGUCAGAAAUGCCAAUUUUGGGGCAAAAAUGGCCAUUUUUGGGGCCUAGAAUCCCAUUUUGGGUCCAAAAAUGCCAAUUUUGGGUCAUUUGCCCCCAUUUCUUGAGUCCAGAAUCCCAUUUUGGGGUCAAAGUCUCCAUUUUAGGGUCAGAAAGGCCAAUUUUGGGGCAAAAAAUGCCAUUUUUGGGGUCAUUUUGCCCCUUUUUUGAGUCCAGAAUCCCAUUUUGGGGUCAGAAAUGCCAAUUUUGGGUAUAAAAUGGCCAUUUUUGGGGCCUAGAAUCCCAUUUUGGGUCCAAAAAUGCCAAUUUUUGGUCAAAAAUGUCCAUUUUUGGGGUCAAAGUCUCCAUUUUAGGGUCAGAAAUGCCAUUUUUGGGUCCAAAAAUCUCAUUUUUGGGGUCAUUUUGUCCCUUUUUGGAGUCCAGAAUCCCAUUUUGGGGUCAGAAAUGCCAAUUUUGGGGCAAAAAUGCCCAUUUUUGGGGCCUAGAAUCCCAUUUUGGGUCCAAAAAUGCCAAUUUUGGGUCAUUUGCCCCCAUUUCUUGAGUCCAGAAUCCCAUUUUGGGGUCAAAGUCUCCAUUUUGGGGUCAGAAAUGCCAAUUUUGGGUCCAAAAAUCUCAUUUUUGGGGUCAUUUUGUCCCUUUUUGGAGUCCAGAAUCCCAUUUUGGUGUCAGAAAUGCCAAUUUUGGGGCAAAAAUGGCCAUUUUUGGGGCCUAGAAUCCCAUUUUGGGUCCAAAAAUGCCAAUUUUGGGUCAUUUGCCCCCAUUUCUUGAGUCCAGAAUCCCAUUUUGGGGUCAAAGUCUCCAUUUUAGGGUCAGAAAGGCCAAUUUUGGGGCAAAAAAUGCCAUUUUUGGGGUCAUUUUGCCCCUUUUUUGAGUCCAGAAUCCCAUUUUGGGGUCAGAAAUGCCAAUUUUGGGUAUAAAAUGGCCAUUUUUGGGGCCUAGAAUCCCAUUUUGGGUCCAAAAAUGCCAAUUUUGGGGCAAAAAUUGUCAUUUUUGGGGUCAAAGUCUCCAUUUUGGGGUCAGAAAUGCCAAUUUUGGGUCCAAAAAUCUCAUUUUUGGGGUCAUUUUGUCCCUUCUUUGAGUCCAGAAUCCCAUUUUGGGGUCAGAAAUGCCAAUUUUGGGUUCAAAAAUCUCAUUUUUGGGGUCAUUUUGUCCCUUUUUUGAGUCCAGAAUCCCAUUUUGGGGUCAGAAAUGCCAAUUUUGGGGCAAAAAUGGCCAUUUUUGGGGCCUAGAAUCCCAUUUUGGGUCCAAAAAUGCCAAUUUUGGGGGCAAAAAUUGUCAUUUUUGGGGUCAAAGUCUCCAUUUUGGGGUCAGAAAUGCCAAUUUUGGGACCAAAAAUCUCAUUUUUGGGGUCAUUUUGUCCCUUAUUUGAGUCCAGAAUCCCAUUUUGGGUCCAAAAAUGGCCAUUUUGGGGGCAAAAAUUGUCAUUUUUGGGGUCAAAGUCUCCAUUUUGGGGUCAGAAAUGCCAAUUUUGGGUCCAAAAAUGCCAAUUUUGGGGCAAAAAUGGCCAUUUUUGGGGCCUAGAAUCCUAUUUUGGGGUCAGAAAUAUCACUUUUGGGUCCAAAAAUGGCCAUUUUUGGGGUCAAAGUCUCCAUUUUGGGGUCAGAAAUGCCAAUUUUGGGGCAAAAAUGGCCAUUUUUGGGGUCAAAGUCUCCAUUUUGGGGUCAGAAAUGCCAAUUUUGGGGCAAAAAUGGCCAUUUUGGGGCCUAGAAUCCCAUUUUGGGUCCAAAAAUGCCAUUUUUGGGUCAUUUCCUCCCAUUUCUUGAGUCCAGAAUCCCAUUUUGGGGUCAAAGUCUCCAUUUUAGGUCCAAAAACACCAAUUUUGGGUCCAAAAAUCUCAUUUUUGGGGUCAUUUUGUCCCUUAUUUGAGUCCAGAAUCCCAUUUUGGGGUCAGAAAUGCCAAUUUUGGGGCAAAAAUGGCCAUUUUUGGGGCCUAGAAUCCCAAUUUGGGUCUAAAAAUGCCAAUUUUGGGUCAAAAAUGACCAUUUUUGGGGUCAAAGUCUCCAUUUUGGGGUCAGAAAUGCCAUUUUUGGGUCCAAAAAUCUCAUUUUUGGGGUCAUUUUGUCCCUUUUCUGAGUCCAGAAUCCUAUUUUGGGGUCAGAAAUGUCAAUUUUGGGUCUAAAAUGACCAUUUUUGGGGCCUAGAAUCCCAUUUUGGGUCCAAAAAUGCCAAUUUUGGGUCAUUUGCCCCCAUGUCUUGAGUCCAGAAUCCCAUUUUGGGGUCAAAGUCUCCAUUUUGGGGUCAGAAAUGCCAAUUUUGGGUCCAAAAAUCUCAUUUUUGGGGUCAUUUUGUCCCUUUUUUCAGUCCAGAAUCCCAUUUUGGGGUCAGAAAUGCCAAUUUUGGGGCAAAAAUGGCCAUUUUUGGGGUCUAGAAUCCCAUUUUGGGUCAAAAAAUGCCAAUUUUGGGUCAUUUCCUCCCAUUUCUUGAGUCCAGAAUCCCAUUUUGGGGUCAAAGUCUCCAUUUUGGGGUCAGAAAUGCCAAUUUUGGGUCCAAAAAUCUCAUUUUUGGGGUCAUUUUGUCCCUUUUUUGAGUCCAGAAUCCCAUUUUGGGGUCAGAAAUGCCAAUUUUGGGGCAAAAAUGGCCAUUUUUGGGGACUUGACUCCCAUUUUGGGUCCAAAAAUCUCAUUUUUGGGGUCAUUUUGUCCCUUUUUUGAGUCCAGAAUCCCAUUUUGGGGUCAGAAAUGCCAAUUUUGGGGCAAAAAUGGCCAUUUUUGGGGCCUAGAAUCCCAUUUUGGGUCCAAAAAUGCCAAUUUUGGGUCAUUUGCCCCCAUUUCUUGAGUCCAGAAUCCCAUUUUGGGGUCAAAGUCUCCAUUUUGGGGUCAGAAAUGCCAAUUUUGGGUCCAAAAAUCUCAUUUUUGGGGUCAUUUUGUCCCUUUUUUGAGUCCAGAAUCCCAUUUUGGGGUCAGAAAUGCCAAUUUUGGGGCAAAAAUGGCCAUUUUUGGGGCCUAGAAUCCCAUUUUGGGGUCCAAAAAUGCCAAUUUUGAAUCAUUUGCCCCCAUUUCUUGAGUCCAGAAUCCCAUUUUGGGGUCAAAGUCUCCAUUUUGGGGUCAGAAAUGCCAAUUUUGGGUCCAAAAAUCUCAUUUUUGGGGUCAUUUUGUCCCUUUUUUGAGUCCAGAAUCCCAUUUUGGGGUCAGAAAUGCCAAUUUUGGGGCAAAAAUGGCCAUUUUUGGGGCCUAGAAUCCCAUUUUGGGUCCAAAAAUGGCCAUUUUGGGGUCCUAGAAUCCAAUUUUGGGUUCAAAAAUGCCAAUUUUGGGUCUAAAACGGCCAUUUUUGGGGCCUAGAAUCCCAUUUUGGGUCCAAAAAUGCCAAUUUUGGGUCAAAAAUGUCCAUUUUUGGGAUCAAAGUCUCCAUUUUGGGGUCAGAAAUGCCAAUUUUGGGUCCAAAAAUCUCAUUUUUGGGGUCAUUUUGUCCCUUAUUUGAGUCCAGAAUCCCAUUUUGGGGUCAGAAAUGCCAAUUUGGGGGCAAAAAUGCCAAUUUUGGGGUCCUAGAAUCCCAUUUUGGGUCCAAAAAUGCCAAUUUUGGGUCAAAAAUGACCAUUUUUGGGGUCAAAGUCUCCAUUUUGGGGUCAGAAAUGCCAAUUUUGGGUCCAAAAAUCUCAUUUUUGGGGUCAUUUUGUCCCUUUUUUGACUCCAGAAUCCCAUUUUGGGGUCAGAAAUGCCAAUUUUGGGUCCCAAAAUCUCAUUUUUGGGGUCAUUUUGUCCCUUUUUUGAGUCCAGAAUCCCAUUUUGGGUCCAAAAAUGCGCAUUUUGGGGCAAAAAUGGCCAUUUUUGGGGGCUGGAAUCCCAUUUUGGGUCCAAAAAUGCCAAUUUUGGGUCAUUUGCCCCCAUUUCUUGAGUCCAGAAUCCCAUUUUGGGGUCAAACUCUCCAUUUUGGGGUCAGAAAUGCCAAUUUUGGGUCCAAAAAUCCCAUUUUUGGGGUCAUUUUGUCCCUUUUUUGAGUCCAGAAUCCCAUUUUGGGGUCAGAAAUGCCAAUUUUGGGGCAAAAAUGGCCAUUUUUGGGGCCUAGAAUCCCAUUUUGGGUCCAAAAAUGCCAAUUUUGGGUCAUUUGCCCCCAUUUCUUGAGUCCAGAAUCCCAUUUUGGGGUCAGAAAUGCCAAUUUUGGGGCAAAAAUGGCCAUUUUUGGGGUCAAAGUCUCCAUUUUGGGGUCAGAAAUGCCAAUUUUGGGUCCAAAAAUCUCAUUUUUGGGGUCAUUUUGUCCCUUUUUUGAGUCCAGAAUCCCAUUUUGGGUCCAAAAAUGCCAAUUUUGGGGCAAAAAUGGCCAUUUUUGGGGUCAAAGUCACCAUUUUGGGGUCAGAAAUGCCAAUUUUGGGGCCAAAAUGGCCAUUUUUGGGGUCAAAGUCUCCAUUUUGGGGUCAGAAAUGCCAAUUAUGGGUCCAAAAAUCUCAUUUUUGGGGUCAUUUCAUCCCUUUUUUGAGUCCAGAAUCCCAUUUUGGGGUCAGAAAUGCCAAUUUUGGGUCAAAAAUGGCCAUUUUUGGGAGCUGGAAUCCCAUUUUGGGUCCAAAAAUGCCAAUUUUGGGUCAUUUGCCCCCAUUUCUUGAGUCCAGAAUCCCAUUUUGGGGUCAAAGUCUCCAUUUUAGGUUCAGAAAUACCAUUUUUGGGUCUAAAAUGGCCAUUUUGGGGGCUUAGAAUCCCAUUUUGGGUCCAAAAAUGCCAAUUUUGGGUCAUUUCCUCCCAUUUCUUGAGUCCAGAAUCCCAUUUUGGGGUCAAAGUCUCCAUUUUGGGGUCAGAAAUGCCAAUUUUGGGUCCAAAAAUCUCAUUUUUGGGGUCAUUUUGUCCCUUUUUUGAGUCCAGAAUCCCAUUUUGGGGUCAGAAAUGCCAAUUUUGGGGCAAAAAUGGCCAUUUUUGGGGCCUAGAAUCCCAUUUUGGGUCCAAAAAUGCCAAUUUUGGGUCAUUUCCUCCCAUUUCUUGAGUCCAGAAUCCCAUUUUGGGGUCAAAGUCUCCAUUUUGGGUCCAAAAAUGCCAAUUUUGGGCCCAAAAAUCUCAUUUUUGGGGUCAUUUUGUCCCUUUUUUGAGUCCAGAAUCCCAUUUUGGGGUCAGAAAUGCCAAUUUUGGGGCAAAAAUGGCCAUUUUUGGGGCCUAGAAUCCCAUUUUGGGUCCAAAAAUGCCAAUUUUGGGUCAUUUCCUCCCAUUUCUUGAGUCCAGAAUCCCAUUUUGGGGUCAAAGUCUCCAUUUUGGGGUCAGAAAUGCCAAUUUUGGGUCCAAAAAUCUCAUUUUUGGGGUCAUUUUGUCCCUUUUUUGAGUCCAGAAUCCCAUUUUGGGGUCAGAAAUGCCAAUUUUGGCUCAAAAAUGGCCAUUUUUGGUGGCUGGAAUCCCAUUUUGGGUCCAAAAAUGCCUUUUUUGGGUCAUUUCCUCCCAUUUCUUGAGUCCAGAAUCCCAUUUUGGGGUCAAAGUCUCCAUUUUAGGGUCAGAAAUGCCAAUUUUGGGUCCAAAAAUCUCAUUUUUGGGGUCAUUUUGUGCCUUUUUUGAGUCCAGAAUCCCAUUUUGGGGUCAGAAAUGCCAAUUUUGGGUCAAAAAUGGCCAUUUUUGGGAGCUGGAAUCCCAUUUUGGGUCCAAAAAUGCCAAUUUUGGGUCAUUUGCCCCCAUUUCUUGAGUCCAGAAUCCCAUUUUGGGGUCAAAGUCUCCAUUUUAGGUCCAAAAAUGCCAAUUUUGGGUCCAAAAAUCUCAUUUUUGGGGUCAUUUUGUCCCUUUUUUGAGUCCAGAAUCCCAUUUUGGGGUCAGAAAUGCCAAUUUUGGGGCAAAAAUGGUCAUUUUUGGGGCCUGGAAUCCCAUUUUUGGGUCCAAAAAUGCCAUUUUUGGGUCAUUUGCUCCCAUUUCUUGAGUCCAGAAUCCCAUUUUGGGGUCAAAGUCUCCAUUUUGGGGUCAGAAAUGCCAAUUUUGGGUCCAAAAAUCUCAUUUUUGGGCUCAUUUUGUCCCUUUUUGGAGUCCAGAAUCCCAUUUUGGGGUCAGAAAUGCCAAUUUUGGGGCAAAAAUGGCCAUUUUUGGGGCCUGGAAUCCCAUUUUGGGUCCAAAAAUGCCAAUUUUGGGUCAUUUGCCCCCAUUUCUUGAGUCCAGAAUCCCAUUUUGGGGUCAAAGUCUCCAUUUUGGGGUCAGAAAUGCCAAUUUUGGGUCCAAAAAUCUCAUUUUUGGGGUCAUUUUGUCCCUUUUUUGAGUCCAGAAUCCCAUUUUGGGGUCAGAAAUGCCAAUUUUGGGGCAAAAAUGGCCAUUUUUGGGUCAAAGUCUCCAUUUUGGGGUCAGAAAUGCCAAUUUUGGGUCCAAAAAUCUCAUUUUUGGGGUCAUUUUGUGCCUUUUUUGAGUCCAGAAUCCCAUUUUGGGGUCAGAAAUGCCAAUUUUGGGUCAAAAAUGGCCAUUUUUGGGAGCUGGAAUCCCAUUUUGGGUCCAAAAAUUCCAAUUUUGGGUCAUUUGCCCCCAUUUCUUGAGUCCAGAAUCCCAUUUUGGGGUCAAAGUCUCCAUUUUAGGUCCAAAAAUGCCAAUUUUGGGUCCAAAAAUCUCAUUUUUGGGGUCAUUUUGUGCCUUUUUUGAGUCCAGAAUCCCAUUUUGGGGUCAGAAAUGCCAAUUUUGGGGCAAAAAUGGCCAUUUUUGGGGCCUAGAAUCCAAUUUUGGGUCCAAAAAUGGCCAAUUUUGGGUCAUUUCCUCCCAUUUCUUGAGUCCAGAAUCCCAUUUUGGGGUCAAAGUCUCCAUUUUGGGGUCAGAAAGGCCAAUUUUGGGUCCAAAAAUCUCAUUUUUGGGGUCAUUUUGUCCCUUUUUUGCGUUCAGAAUCCCAUUUUGGGGUCAGAAAUGCCAAUUUUGGGGCAAAAAUGGCCAUUUUUGGGGCCUAGAAUCCCAUUUUGGGUCCAAAAAUGCCAAUUUUGGAUCAUUUGCCCCCAUUUCUUGAGUCCAGAAUCCCAUUUUGGGGUCAGAAAUGCCAAUUUUGGGGCAAAAAUGGCCAUUUUUGGGGCCUGGAAUCCCAUUUUGGGUCCAAAAAUACCAUUUUUGGGUCAUUUGCUCCCAUUUCUUGAGUCCAGAAUCCCAUUUUGGGGUCAAAGUCUCCAUUUUAGGGUCAGAAAUGCCAAUUUUGGGUCCAAAAAUCUCAUUUUUGGGGUCAUUUUGUCCCUUUUUUGAGUCCAGAAUCCCAUUUUGGGUCCAAAAAUGCCAAUUUUGGGGCAAAAAUGGCCAUUUUGGGGCUUAGAAUCCCAUUUUGGGUCCAAAAAUGCCAUUUUUGGGUCAUUUCCUCCCAUUUCUUGAGUCCAGAAUCCCAUUUUGGGGUCAAAGUCUCCAUUUUGGGGUCAGAACUGCCAAUUUUGGGUCCAAAAAUCUCAUUUUUGGGGUCAUUUUGUCCCUUUUUUGAGUCCAGAAUCCCAUUUUGGGGUCAGAAAUGCCAAUUUUGGGGCAAAAAUGGCCAUUUUUGGGGCCUAGAAUCCAAUUUUGGGGUCAGAAAUGCCAAUUUUGGCUCAAAAAUGGCCAUUUUUGGGGCCUAGAAUCCAAUUUUGGGGUCAGAAAUGCCAAUUUUGGGGCAAAAAUGGCCAUUUUUGGGGUCAAAGUCUCUAUUUUGGGUCCAAAAAUGCCGUUUUUGGGUCAUUUGCCCCCAUUUCUUGAGUCCAGAAUCCCAUUUUGGGGUCAAAGUCUCCAUUUUGGGGUCAGAAAUGCCAAUUUUGGGUCCAAAAAUCUCAUUUUUGGGGUCAUUUUGUCCCUUUUUUGAGUCCAGAAUCCCAUUUUGGGGUCAGAAAUGCCAAUUUUGGGGCAAAAAUGGCCAUUUUGGGGGCCUAGAAACCAUAUUUUGGUUCCAAAAAUGCCAUUUUUGGGUCAUUUCCACCCAUUUCUUGAGUCCAGAAUCCCAUUUUGGGGUCAAAGUCUCCAUUUUCGGGUCAGAAAUGCCAAUUUUGGGUCCAAAAAUCUCAUUUUUGGGGUCAUUUUGUCCCUUAUUUGAGUCCAGAAUCCCAUUUUGGGGUCAGAAAUGCCAAUUUUGGGUCAUUUGCCCCCAAUUUUGGAGUCCAGAUUCCCAUUUUGGGGUCAGAAAUGCCAAUUUUGGGGCAAAAAUGGCCAUUUUUGGGAGCUGGAAUCCUAUUUUGGGUCCAAAAAUGCCAAUUUUGGGUCAUUUGCCCCCAUUUCUUGAGUCCAGAAUCCCAUUUUGGGGUCAAAGUCUCCAUUUUGGGGUCAGAAAUGCCAAUUUUGGGUCCAAAAACCUCAUUUUUGGGGUCAUUUCAUCCCUUAUUUGAGUCCAGAAUCCCAUUUUGGAGUCAGAAAUGCCAAUUUUGGGGCAAAAAAGGCCAUUUUUGGUGCCUGGAAUCCCAUUUUGGGUCCAAAAAUGCCAAUUUUGGGUCAUUUGCCCCCAUUUCUUGAGUCCAGAAUCCCAUUUUGGGGUCAAAGUCUCCAUUUUGGGGUCAGAAAUGCCAAUUUUGGGUCCAAAAAUCUCAUUUUUGGGGUCAUUUUGUCCCUUUUUUGAGUCCAGAAUCCCAUUUUGGGGUCAGAAAUGCCAAUUUUGGGGCAAAAAUGGCCAUUUUUGGGGCCUAGAAUCCAAUUUUGGGUCCAAAAAUGCCAAUUUUUGGUCAUUUCCUCCCAUUUCUUGAGUCCAGAAUCCCAUUUUGGGGUCAAAGUCUCCAUUUUAGGGUCAGAAAUGCCAGUUUUGGGUCCAAAAAUCUCAUUUUUGGGGUCAUUUUGUCCCUUUUUGGAGUCCAGAAUCCCAUUUUGGGGUCAGAAAUGCCAAUUUUGGGGCAAAAAUGACCAUUUUUGGGGCCUAGAAUCCCAUUUUGGGUCCAAAAAUGCCAUUUUUGGGUCAUUUGCUCCCAUUUCUUGAGUCCAGAAUCCCAUUUUGGGGUCAAAGUCUCCAUUUUUGGGUCAGAAAUGCCAAUUUUGGGUCCCAAAAUCUCAUUUUUGGGGUCAUUUUGCCCCUUUUUUGAGUCCAGAAUCCCAUUUUGGGGUCAGAAAUGCCAAUUUUGGGGCAAAAAUGGCCAUUUUUGGGGCCUGGAAUCCCAUUUUGGGUCCAAAAAUGCCAAUUUUGGGUCAUUUGCCCCCAUUUCUUGAGUCCAGAAUCCCAUUUUGGGGUCAAAGUCUCCAUUUUGGGGUCAGAAAUGCCAAUUUUGGGUCCAAAAAUCUCAUUUUUGGGGUCAUUUUGUCCCUUAUUUGAGUCCAGAAUCCCAUUUUGGGGUCAGAAAUGCCAAUUUUGGGGCAAAAAUGGCCAUUUUUGGGAGCUGGGAUCCCAUUUUGGGUCCAAAAAUGCCAAUUUUGGGUCAUUUCCUCCCAUUUCUUGAGUCCAGAAUCCCAUUUUGGGGUCAAAGUCUCCAUUUUGGGGUCAGAGAUGCCAAUUUUGGGUCCAAAAAUGCCAAUUUUGGGUCUAAAAUGGCCAUUUUUGGUGCCUAGAAUCCAUUUUGGGUCCAAAAAUGCCAAGUUUGGGGCAAAAAUGGCCAUUUAUGGGGCCUAGAAUCCCAUUUUGGGUCCAAAAAUGCCAAUUUUGGGUCAUUUGCCCCCAUUUCUUGAGUCCAGAAUCCCAUUUUGGGGUCAAAGUCUCCAUUUUGGGGUCAGAAAUUCCAAUUUUGGGUCUAAAAUGUCCAUUUUUGGGGCCUAGAAUCCCAUUUUGGGUCCAAAAAUGCCGAUUUUGGGUCAUUUGCCCCCAUUUCUUGAGUCCAGAAUCCCAUUUUGGGGUCAAAGUCUCCAUUUUGGGGUCAGAAAUGCCAAUUUUGGGUCCAAAAAUCUCAUUUUUGGGGUCAUUUUGCCCCUUUUUGGAGUCCAGAAUCCCAUUUUGGGGUCUGAAAUGCCAAUUUUGGGUCAAAAAUGGCCAUUUUUGGGGCCUAGAAUCCCAUUUUGGGUCCAAAAAUGCCAAUUUUGGGUCAUUUCCUCCCAUUUCUUGAGUCCAGAAUCCCAUUUUGGGGUCAAAGUCUCCAUUUUGGGGUCAGAAAUGCCAAUUUUGGGUCCAAAAAUCUCAUUUUUGGGGUCAUUUUGUCCCUUUUUUGAGUCCAGAAUCCCAUUUUGGGGUCAGAAAUGCCAAUUUUGGGCCAAAAAUGGCCAUUUUUGGGGCCUAGAAUCCCAUUUUGGGUCCAAAAAUGCCAAUUUUGGGUCUAAAAAUGCCAUUUUUGGGUCAUUUGCCCCCAUUUCUUGAGUCCAGAAUCCCAUUUUGGGGUCAAAGUCUCCAUUUUAGGGUCAGAAAUGCCAAUUUUGGGUCCAAAAAUCUCAUUUUUGGGGUCAUUUUGUCCCUUUUUUGAGUCCAGAAUCCCAUUUUGGGGUCAGAAAUGCCAAUUUUGGGGCAAAAAUGGCCAUUUUGGGGGCCUAGAAUCCCAUUUUGGGUCCAAAAAUGCCAAUUUUGGGUCAUUUGCCCCCAUUUCUUGAGUCCAGAAUCCCAUUUUGGGGUCAAAGUCUCCAUUUUGGGGUCAGAAAUGCCAAUUUUGGGUCCAAAAAUCUCAUUUUUGGGGUCAUUUUGUCCCUUUUUUGAGUCCAGAAUCCCAUUUUGGGGUCAGAAAUGCCAAUUUUGGGGCAAAAAUGGUCAUUUUUGGGGCCUGGAAUCCCAUUUUUGGGUCCAAAAAUGCCAUUUUUGGGUCAUUUGCUCCCAUUUCUUGAGUCCAGAAUCCCAUUUUGGGGUCAAAGUCUCCAUUUUGGGGUCAGAAAUGCCAAUUUUGGGUCCAAAAAUCUCAUUUUUGGGCUCAUUUUGUCCCUUUUUGGAGUCCAGAAUCCCAUUUUGGGGUCAGAAAUGCCAAUUUUGGGGCAAAAAUGGCCAUUUUUGGGGCCUGGAAUCCCAUUUUGGGUCCAAAAAUGCCAAUUUUGGG